AUGAUUAGAAUAGUAAAUGAUGAUACGCUUGGGGUUGAAGACAAUCGAUGUUGGAGAGCACCAACAGACGGCAAUAUGCUUUCGAAUGAGGAAGAUUAUCUCGACAAUGAGUAUUACACUAUGAAUCUUCAAUUUUUUCGUUUAAUUGGAUUAUGCCAAAAGACGUCAUCUAAGAAAAUAAUUCGUAUUUGUUUUAUUAAUGUUAUGCUAGCUUUUGGAAUAUUCGAACAGAUGAAAAAAAUUCUUUUUCGUAUCAAGUCCGAUUGGGAUGACCUGGCAAACAAACCAGAAUUAGUGAUACUGAAAACAUAUGCAGAAAUUAGCAGACUUUGUACAUUAACAAUCGCAAGUAAUGUGUUUCGUUACGUCAUUGGUUCUAUAAGUGAAACGGAAUUAAUAUUACCAUUUCCCAUUACCUAUUUCAUGAAAAGCUAUAUGUUUUACUACAUCGGGCUUACAAUCGAAUUUGUAAUUAUAUUAAUCGUGGGCACUGUAGGGAUUGCUAACUAUUCUAUGUUUAUAGUAGUUAUCCAGCAUGCUUGUGCACUUCUUACAAUCGUCCAAUGGAAUGCAAUUGAAAGAUUUAUAAAGAAUCAACAAAGUUUCUAUUAUUCGAGUAAUAAAAGUGAAUUAAUCGAAGAGAGAGAGAAGAUCUUACAUAUCAUAAAAUUCUAUAAUAAGGCGAUUGAAUUUAUUAAUUUAUUGAAAUCGUUUUACGAAUCAAUUCAUCUGCUCGAAGAAUUCUUUGCAUUUAUAUGUGUUCUGUUAGAUUACUUUUACUUCUUUCAGAUAAUAUCUUUCACUCUUAAUUUGACCGAAGGAUUAACGAAGCUCUUAUAUAUUUUUGGAUCCCUUUUUAUAAUAUAUGCUUACUUUUAUCUGGCACAAAAUUUAAUAAAUCAUAACGUCAAAGUAUUUACAAUAUUGUGUCAAAUUCCAUUUUAUUCGUUAUCUCUGAAGACGCAAAAUUUGUUACUCUUUUUGAUAAUGAGAAGCAUGAGGCCGUGCAGUUUAUCGGUGAAGGGUGCUAUUGUUGUAUCCAAUGACCAUUUUGCAACGUUAUACUCAUCAAACAACUUAUGUUUCAUAUGA